GAGCGAGAGCGAAAAGCAGGGGUGUCGAUCUCGAGAGUUUUCGAAACUUGCCGCACGCGCCGCGCGCGAAUAAAUGCGCCGCCGAGUAUCCCGGGUUUCGAUCUUGGCGCGACCGGAGAUCGCGAUUCCGCGGCCGUGAGUAAUUUCCGCAAAUAACGUGCGCGACGUUGGAAAGAAAAUGCACGCGCGCUUUCAAUUCGCGCUUCUCGACGUUGCGCGUUCGUUCAAAUAUCGUUCUAAAGUCUGUCCGAAAAGUCGAAGUUUCAAAGAUCGCGCUGGCCGAUUAUUGCAAUAGAACCCGCUCGAACUGUCCGCAUCAACAAUGCCGGUGAAACUAAAAAAUGCAUUUGGGUGAGCGUCGGAGGUUUGACGGGCGUUAUCGGCGUUAUCUGGGAAAUCGCGAUCGAAAUUCCCGUGAAACGUGCAACGCGCGACAUACAGAGGGAAAGGAAAGAGAGAGAGAGAAGUGGAGAGACGAUGACAGUGCGUGCGACUACCACGGCGACCGCGAGCGGUAGAUUGAAUCUUUUUAACGGCCUUCGAGAAGAGCGCUACAGCGCGGGGAGAUACGGAUUCUCUUCUUCGUAACCCACAAACUCCGGGAGACGUACGGUCGGGACGGAGUUCUCUCUCGCCCCCGUCGGUCGACGCCCUUGACUCGCGGGGGACGACGAGUAGGGGCAGGACAGCUUGCGGUGGAAGCGAGACGGAGCGGAGCUGCCGUGCCCAGUACUCUGUGUGCGUCCGUACGCUCUCAUUGAUGCGUCGGUGUGGCCCGCCGCGGCGGUUGGUGUUGGUCGUCGCUCAUUGGUGUUCGCGGCGCGCGGCGCGACGCGGCGGCGGCGGCAAGCGGCGUUCACACGUUCCCGUCAUCCACUUCGGUACCCGGCUCGCAGUCGAGCGUCGUACGUUACGCGGCGCGGUUGUGACGUUUGUCCGCUCCCUCUGUCUCUCGGCUCCCGGUCGUCGCAACUGUCCGUAUACAUACGCGCUCUCCGACGGACGUGUGUUGACUCUCUCGUGCACGCGGCCGCGUAAGAAAGUGCCACAGUGCGAAUCGUAACGUACGAGCGAGGAGAGACGGGGGAAGACGCACGGAGCGGCCGGAGGAGAGAGAGAGAGAGAGAGAGGCAGGAGGGACGCCGAGGGAGCGUGCGGCAACGAACGCGAGUGUGCUUUUUUGCCGCAGUGCCAAGAGAUGGAUUAAGGACGGAGAGCGCGAUCGCGUCCCGACGAGCGUCGUCGGGGAUCUAAGAAUCGCGACGUCGACAUUCUGCCAGGCACGAAGACAGCGCGCGACCUGUGAAGUUACGGCGACGCGCGACGAAUCACGAAGAUACAAGGAAAGUGUCGUACGUCCGAAUUCGAGCUCGCGAAUAAUAAUACGUUUACGCGCGCGCACUUAAAGCCGACCCGCGUGAGAAUAAUGCGGCCGGUCCGUGACGUGGCAACCGCGAUGAAUCGUGUUGUGGAAUAAGUAGUGCCCACAAGAAGAAGAGGACUGAUCUGGAACUGCGACCGUCCUAUGGAGUCUCUUCCGGAUACCGAAGAUGCCGUCGCGAGGAUCCAGCCAACGUUCGCGUCGUGAGAUGAUCGCGUGCGAGGUGCAUCGCGGACGCUGCAGCGGUUUCUGAGAAGCGACCGACCAACCUUAAGAUGUACCCCGCGCCGGCGAGACACCCAGCCCCCGGUGGCGGCGGUAGCGGCGGGGCUGCGGGCGGACUGAAAUUCACGGUGGCGGACACUUGCGACAGGAUCAAAGAGGAAUUCAGUUUCAUCCAAUCGCAGUACCAUACACUGAAGAUGGAGUGCGAGAAGUUGGCCAACGAGAAAACCGAGAUGCAAAGGCAUUACGUUAUGUAUUACGAGAUGUCGUACGGCCUCAACGUCGAGAUGCACAAGCAGACGGAGAUCGCCAAGAGGCUGAACGCGAUCAUCGCUCAAGUGAUGCCGUUUCUGGCGCAAGAGCAUCAGCAGCAGGUGGCCAACGCCGUGGAGAGGGCGAAGCAAGUCACCAUGUCCGAGCUGAACGCCAUUAUCGGACAGCAACAGCAGCAAGGUCUCCAGCAGCUAUUGCAACAGAUCCAUGCGCAGCAGCUGCCCCACGGCGCGGUGGUCGGCGGUCUUCCACCGGGCGGCCUGCUGGGCUUCGCAGGUGCGGCCGCGGCGGCCGCAGCCGCGGGUGUGCCGCCGCACUUGGCGCCGCCGCCGCAUCCCGCAGCCGCGGCUGCGGUCCAGGCACAGGCGCAGGCGCUGCUGAAACCGGCGGACCUGCAACAGCACCGCGCGGCCGCGGAGACACCCGAGGACCGUAAGCCGAUCGCCCUGCCGGACGAGAGGCUCGGCCGCUCGGUCUCGCCGCCUGAGAAAUUUCGCAGCCGCACGCCCGACCUCGAGAGCGACCCCAAGAGGCGGAAGGAGGAGAAGCUAGGACACGCGUUGUGCCAUCAACUUUGGAGAGAGAGAAAGAGAGAGCGAGUAACACAAUCGGAGCGCCGGGCGAGCGAGAGAGCGCGCGAAAUAUCGAGAUUAAUAAUGCAUCCUCGAGGAAGCGGCCGUCGCUGGCGCUCGCGCGAAUUUGGGUCGAGUUGCUCGUCUACUUGGACGAAGGCGCAUCAAAAGGAGAGCGACGCGGAGAAGAGCGAUCAGGACUUGGUCGUCGACGUGGCAAAUGAGGAAGCGUCGUCACCGCACGCGAACGGGGAGCACUCGGACCCGCGCGAGAACGGCACCCUGGAGAAGCUGGGCGCACCGGGUCACGUCGGCGGACCGACAUCCGGCGCGGGCUCGGCAUCCGUUAAGGACAGGCCGCCGUCGCGCAGCGGCAGCUCCUCCGCCCGUAGUACACCGUCUCUGAAAAGUAAAGAUGUCGACAAGCCGGGUACACCUGUGGCGGCGGCGAGGGGCUCGCGCAGUUGUACGCCAACUAUGGGCGGCAUCCCUGGGCCCUUGGCAUCGCGGGUCUAUCAUCCGCCAUCGUCGCAGCAAACGCCACCGCAGGGUUAUCAGGGCUUGCCAUCCCGCGGCAAUGAGCCGCCGCAGUCGCCCUCGCCAUACAGCAACUUGCCAUACGCGAGGCCCUCUAUGCUCGGUUUCGACAGCCACAUGAGGAUAUCCUCAAGUAACGGGCUGAGCAACGUGGCAGGCGGCAAACCGGCGUACUCCUUCCAUAUGAACGGCGAGGGCCAACUGCAGCCCGUACCAUUCCCCACGGACGCUCUAAUAGGACCGGGGAUACCGCGUCACGCACGCCAAAUUAAUACCCUGACUCACGGCGAGGUGGUGUGCGCCGUCACAAUCUCGAAUCCGACCAAGUACGUCUACACCGGCGGCAAGGGUUGUGUCAAAGUUUGGGAUAUCGGCCAAAGCGUCGGCAGCGCCAGCGUGAAACCGGUCUCGCAGCUGGACUGUCUGCAACGUGACAAUUACAUCAGAUCCGUGAAGCUACUGCCUGACGGCAGGACACUGAUAGUCGGCGGCGAGGCUAGUCAGCUGAGCAUCUGGGACCUGGCGAGCCCCACGCCGAGGAUCAAGGCGGAGUUGACCUCUUCGGCGCCGGCCUGCUACGCAUUAGCGAUCUCGCCGGACUCCAAGGUCUGCUUCAGCUGUUGCAGCGACGGCAACAUCGCCGUCUGGGACCUGCAGAAUCAGACGUUGGUGCGACAGUUCCAAGGCCACACGGACGGCGCCUCCUGCAUCGACAUCUCCGCCGACGGCUCGAAGCUGUGGACCGGCGGCCUCGACAACACCGUGCGCUCCUGGGACCUCCGAGAGGGCAGGCAGCUGCAGCAGCACGACUUCACCUCGCAGAUAUUCUCGCUGGGCUACUGCCCCACCGGCGAGUGGCUGGCGGUCGGCAUGGAGAACUCGAACGUCGAGGUGCUGCACGCCACCAAAUCCGACAAGUACCAGCUGCAUCUGCACGAGUCCUGCGUGCUGUCGCUCCGUUUCGCCUCGUGCGGCAAGUGGUUCGUCUCCACCGGCAAGGACAACCUGCUGAACGCGUGGCGUACGCCGUACGGUGCGUCAAUAUUUCAGUCGAAGGAAUCGUCGUCGGUGCUGAGCUGCGACAUUUCCGCGGACGACAAGUACAUCGUGACCGGAUCCGGCGACAAGAAGGCCACCGUAUACGAAGUGAUUUAUUAAGCCCGCUCUCGAUAAAACGAGAGAGAUAGAGAGAAAGGUAUAUAUGUAUAGAGAAAGAGAUAGAAAGAGAGAGAGAGAGAGAGAGAGAAAGAGAUGGCGGAAGAGAAAGAGAGAGAGAAAGACUUGUGUUUUCUCCCUCGACGACGUUCGAGCCUCGCACGUGGCUUUAAUGCGUAUCCUCUCGUUCGCGGGAGGAGAGGGCGCCGAAAAGAGUUCUCCGGAAGCGAGGCCGUCAGUAGCCUCCGGACCUUAAAGCGCGACUGGCAAUUGUGUAUAUAUAUGCAUACGGAUCUACAUUGUAACGGAAUUACUAGGAGAUAUUGCAAAAAUAUCGAUGUGCGUGCGUGCGUGUGCUGUGCGUGCGUGGAGAUGCGAAUGAGGAUCAAUGGUGUGUGUAUAUUAAUAUAUCGUGCGCGCGCGUGUGCGUGCAUGCGUACGUGGUGUGUGCGUCCCGAUUUCGCGAGCAAGAGUAUUAUUGCGGAUACACGACGAUUAUAUAGGUGCGCGAUUACGCGGACGGGACUUCUGUUUGUCGCGUGUACACAACGAGAGAGAACGUGUGCUGACGAUAGAACGAACGAGCGAACGGACGGUGGACGACGUUUACACCGGUGCGGUUCGCAUACGCACCGACGUGAAGGUACGAGCGAGAUAGAGAGAGAGAGAGAGAGAGAGGGAGCCUUUUGCAAACGGUGAUGUUAGAUUUUGUAGCUGCCGUAAAAAAAAAAGAAAAAGAAAAAAAAAGUAGGACUGUAACGCACGUCUAAAAGUGGAAAAUGGUCGGACGAUGCCCCAAGAGAGAGAGAGAGAGAGAGAGAGAGAAGGUAAGUCAUCAGUGAGAUUUAGUCUCUCCUAAUUAUCCGCCACGAGGAAAGUACCGCGGUUGCGCUUGAGAAAAAUUCUUCGCGUCGCCUCUCGAAUAUAUCCGUCGCACUUCUCCCGAACAUCAACAAUACGAACGUCCGAGGGACGUCUUUCAAUUUACCGUUUACGUUGUCGUCGAGACGCGAAAGUGCGUUUCUCGAUGUGUGUAAUUCGAAUAAUUGGAGUAUCGGGCGGACGGUUACGUUCGAUCACAUUCGGUUCUUCACGAUUUCGUGUUCUUUUCCUAAACGAAGGCACUCGCCCGUUGCAUAUCUCGAAUAUUUCGUAGGCGAUUCGACGAGCGUGCAGCGGAGCGUGACGCGUUCUCCUCAGACGACGACGACCAAGUCGAAGACGCCGUCGACGACGACGAAGUCGAAGACUCGAGUCAGCGCUUAUUAGUCUACGAACGAAUUACCUUUUUGCAUCGUAAAAGUAUAGCGAUAUACCUUACGUGUAAUAAUCGAAUUUGUACGUGAUAGCGCGUGAUGUGUGCGUGACGCGAACGGGCGGACGAAUCCCUGUACAGAAUCCUCUUGUACAUAUUCGACGAUUGUGAUUAAUGAUUAACGAUUAGAUUGCGCCGCGGCGGCACGACCGUCCCGCCGGACUUUAAAAUAAUAAUCAAAAGCAACGAUAUUUCGACUCGGCCGAUAACAGUCGAACGCUGCUUACUGGUGCGUGAGAUGCGUGAAAAAAAAAAGAAUUCGAAAAAUUUCAGACACUUGGGAAUAUAAACGCAGAUUUUCAGGUCCUAUCUUUGAAACAUGUUCUCUCGGUAUGCUAUUCUAGGCAUUCUCCAGUGUUUGAAGUUUUUCUUGAAGUUUUUUCAUGCUCAUUCCAAAUUUACAAACAUUCUAUUUUUUGGACUUUUCUCUCUCUGUGCGAAUAAAUUAACGUAGCGAUUUUCGACAACGCAAUUAAUGUUAGGAUCGAAAUGUUUUAAAAAGGGUCUAGAUGUAUCGAUAUUUAAAUAUAUAUAUCACACGCAGGGUAAUCUAAAAGUCCGGAAUAGGUCAAUUAUCUCCGAAAUAAUUGAUGUUAAGCAAUAAUUGGAUUUUAGCAAGUUAACAUUUAAUCCUUCUAGCCUCUUAACUAAAGAUCUGAAUUAGAUAUUAUCGUAGCGUUUUAAAAAAGUCGCGGCGUCAGUUAUCAAAAUCUGUAAUAAAGAUUGGUGUACCCAUUUCAGAUUUUUUAAGAUCAUUUUAACCAGUCAUUUCAAGGUCACAGAGAUAUUGUCAUCUGGUGUAGUCUCUGGUUUCAUCUAGUUUUUCGAAUACAGCAAGUUUGAUCUCAAACAUUUUUUCAUAAAACCAAUUAUUUCGGAAAUAAUUAUCCGUUUCCGGACUUUUAAGUCACUUUGUACAUAGUAUAUCUAAUAUAUACUAUAUAAAAGGAGAGAAAGGAUCAAGACGUUCUCCAGUGUUUGAGUUUUUCUGGAAUUUUCGUCAUGCUCAUCGCGCGCUAAUGCCGAGCGCUCGACUCUUAUUGGCCGAAUCCAGGUAUCAUUACUUUUAAAAUAAUACCUAUGUAAAGUACAACCCCGUGCACAAUCGAAACAGAACUAUUUCUCUACUUUAAUUAGGCGACGACACACACACACACAUACACACAUUUGUGACACACAUACCUACACACAUACACAAAACACAAAAGUGCGGAGAUCAAUAGAAUGCGGACAUACGGCUUCUCGUGGAUAUAUCUUCACGUUGAUCGGUGACAUCGUUUUUCUUUUCCCUCUUUCGCAGCACCGAUACCGAUAUUAAAGGAUAUUUAUAAUCGAAUAAACUCUCGAGUGAUUCUCCUCGCGUUUGCGACAAACGGUAAGAUAUAUAACGUGAAAUCAGGAGCGACUCGGUACGUUCCCGCUUUUCAUUGAUCUUCGCCGACAAGUUAGUUGCGGACGAGGCUCUCGGCGCGGAAAGAGAGACGAGUGCGAAUUAUAAUCAUCGAAGUGUAUAAACUACCCGUUACGAAUCUUGCGUAUGAUUAUCUGUAAAUAUUAUCCGAGAUUCUCUGUGAGGAAGAAAAAAACAUCGGCAAUAAUAUUUAUAGAUACCUCUCUCUUAUUUUCAACGGAAAACAGACGUUCGUUACGUUUGGUCUUGCUGACGAUUGAAUUGUUGAUUCUCGUCUCCCGGACGGAUAUGCCGAAUUGAAAGAAAAAAAAAAAAAGAGAAAGAAGAAGAUUCGAUCGACUUAUUGUACGUUAGGGACAGAGAUACGUCGUACCGAGCAAUGACGUGUCUGCAAAUCUCUCGACGAAAUAAAUAAGGAAUCUAUUCCAUUUUUCCCCGCCGCUGCAUUUUUAGCAAUAAUAAUAUGUAACAAUUGA